CCUCUAUACUUCUCAUCAUCUUCAUCAACUCCACAUGGACAUAUAUAUAUAUAUAUAUAAAUACAGCAUUCUUUACACUCAAUUUUUUCUGUAAUAUCUAUAUUCUGUGUGCUUUCAAUUCCUAGGUAUAAUUAAUUAAUCAGUUAGUUAAUUAUGCCUAAGCUUGCCCAUGGUGAAACUUCUUCUUCUUCGAAACUUGAUCGUAAGACUAUCGAGAAAAAUAGAAGAAUUCAUAUGAAAUCUCUCUGCUCUAACCUUUUUAAUCUUCUUCCUCCCUCCCAUUUCAAAAUCCCUAAGGUUGAUCUUUCCCUUUCUCUUAACUUUCUAAUCAUACCUGUUAUAUAUCUCAAAACCAAUAUAUGGGUUAUGAGAUACAUAAAUGUGUUGGAUGUACACGCGUGUAUUUUUUAUUUGUUUGUUUUGCAGGAAUUGAUAUCACAACAAAAUCAAAUUUGUUAUGUGAUUACGUACAUAAAUGAAUUGAAAGAAAGAGUGAAGAAUUUGGAGAAAAGGAAACAAGCUUUACAAUUACAAACUCAUUCUUCACAUGUUCACAAUCAAGCCAAUAACAUUGUCAAUGAUGUUACAUGGCCUCUAAUUGAGAUAAACGACUUAGGUAAUGACAUUAUUCAUAUAGUGCUUAUUAGUAGCCUCAAUAGAAGCUUCACACUUCACCAAAUUAUUAGUGUCAUUGAAGAGGAAGGUGGCCAAGUUGUCAACGCUAGCUUAUCCACUAUCGGCAACAAAGUCUUUCACUCCCUCCACAUCGAAGCUAAGAUCUCGAGGAUUGGAAUAGAGACUUCAAGAGUAAAACGACGAUUGAUGAAUUUGGUAUACCAAAAGCAAAACUAAAUGAAGAUCCAAAAAGAAAAGAACAAGAGAGAGUUGAAAAUUGUAAGAUUUUGUAUUUCCAUGGUCCAUUCAUAUAGUAAUGGUAUAACAUUUUAAGAACAAAUAAAUAAUAUAUUUAUUGUUGCUAA